AUGGCAGGGGGCUGGAAUUGUGAACCAAUCCAUAUAUGCAUUGUCUGUGCAGGUUUAAAUAAUAGUCGCGAAGUUGUUCCGAUGCUAAAGUCAAUUUUAUUUUAUCGCAAAAGACCAUUACACUUUCAUUUUUUAACUGACGCAAUAUCCGAAAAUAUUCUUGGCACACUUUUUAAAACCUGGAGAUUACAACAAGUCAAUGUUAGUUUUUAUCCGAGUGCAGAAGCCCUAAGUUCAGUGGCUUGGAUACCUGGCCAACAUUAUUCGGGCCCAUACGGGCAUCUAAAAUUAACUCUCCCAUAUAUUUUACCAAAGUCGUUAUCAGACGUGAUAUUGCUUGAUACGGAUUUAACAUUUGCCGCUAAUAUAGAAGAACUAUGGAAAUUAUUUAAAAGCAUGAGCGAUGUUCAGGCUAUCGGCCUAGUAGAAAAUCAAAGCGAUUGGUAUUUAGGAACGUUAUGGAAAAAGCACAAACCGUGGCCAGCUUUAGGAAAAGGAUUUAACACUGGGGUGGCUUUAUUACGAUUAUCCGAAUUGCGAAAACUAAAUUGGACGUCGAUCUGGGAGCCGGUGGCUCGACAUUAUGUUAACUCCUUGGGCGGUACAUCGUUAGCUGAUCAAGAUAUAAUUAAUACGGUUCUAUUUACCCGGCCAGAACUCGUGAUGCAUUUGCCGUGUGUUUGGAAUGUUCAGCUCUCUGACCACAGCACCAGCAAAUCUUGUUUCGCGAAUACUACCGAUUUCAAGAUAAUUCAUUGGAAUUCUCCGAAAAAAAUAAAUGUACAAAUAGAACAUGCCAGUUUUUUUAGGAAUUUAUAUUUAACAUUUUUAAAUUAUGAUGGAAAUCUCCUGCGACAUCAACUUGCAGAGUGCCAAAUAGAAGUUCUCGAUUAUAAUGAGAUAGAUCCGAACGAUGAUUGCUAUGAAUUUCGUAAAGCAGGACUUAACCAGUGGCGAACACACUUAUUCUAUUUGGAUUUUCACUAUGAGCCCCUAGAUGAUUAUGAUGUGACCCUAGCCGUUCAGAUGUCAAUGGACAGAAUACAGUUUCUCGAAGAAUUAUGCAAUCAUUGGAAAGGACCUAUCAGCUUAGCAAUAUAUAUGACCGAUACGGAAGUACAGCAAUUUUUGAAUUAUAUACAAUCAUCAGAGUCACUGAAUACACGAAAAAAUAUUGCAUACCACAUCGUUUAUAAAGAAGGGGACUUUUAUCCGGUGAAUUAUUUGCGAAACAUCUGUUUGAAAGAAGUAACUACAGAAUACGUCUUUCUAACUGAUAUCGACUUUUUACCAAUGGUUACUUUAUAUGAAUAUAUUCGCAAAUAUACGCAGCAGGUGAAAAAUAAUCAAUUUAAAACGGCGUUUGUUGUACCCGCUUUUGAAUCACAGAGAUAUCGCAUAUCUUUUCCACGCACAAAAAAGGAGCUUAUGAAUAUGUGGGAUGAAGGUGUUUUGUUCACGUUUCGAUAUCAUAUUUGGGCAACUGGACAUGCUGGUACUAAAUAUGACAAAUGGAGAAAGGCUUUAUUACCAUAUAGGGUAAAAUGGCAGCCAGAUUUCGAGCCAUAUAUUGUGGUAAAAAGGAGUGUUGUACCAUAUGAUACACGAUUUGUUGGAUUUGGGUGGAAUAAAGUGUCUCACAUAAUGGAGCUUGAAUCACAAGGAUACAGAUUUUUAGUGUUGCCUGGAGCAUUUAUGAUACAUAUGCCCCAUGCUCCAAGUCUAGACAUUGUAAAAUUUAGAAAAUUAUCCCAAUAUCGAAUAUGCCUGAAACAAUUAAAAAAUGAGUUCGUGGAGUAUAUAAAUAGAAAGUAUUUAAAAACAUGGAACAUUUUUCUAGACAAUAAUAAAUGA